AGUCUGAUCAAAAGUACGAGAAGUGCCACGUGGAAGAUCCCAUGUAGGUGACGCUGUAGCAGAGUUUCCCGCCGUCCUUCUCCCCCAGAAUCCCACAGUCGCAGGCUCGCAGCAGUAAACAAAGGGAUGAUCUUUUUAUUUUAUUUUUUUGUAUUUUUAAGUUCCUAUGCAAAUUCAACACUUUGUUUUUUAAUUCUCAGAAAAAAAUCUGCUUUCAGUUUUGGGAACCAUGAAUCCUUCUUUGUAAAUAAAUAAAUCUAUUCAAUUUUGAUUAGAUUAAGGUGUUUUGGAAAAUUCUUGGAUGAAAUUUUUACGGAUUCAAUAUUAACCUUGGUCAAUCCGAAGAAGGCAACCCACUUUCUUAUCCAGGUUUGAGACACUCCCACGUGGCAUUCAUGUCAGUGGGUCCCAUCAUCCACAGCCUCUGGUUAUGGCUACAUCCAUGGCUCUCUGCGCCGUCACAUCUCUCUCUCUCUCUCUUUUUCUGUGUUAAUUUCUGUAUAAAUAUAGAGUUCAUGUUAAAACUCAGCCUUAAUUUAUGUAUCCCAACUCAUAACUUUUAACUACAAAACGCCGACGUAUUCAACAUUGUACCUUCUCUUCACAACGAACUCGUGUUCAACAGGCUGCAUAUGAAACCCAUCUGCCUAACGCUUCAGCAAUCUCAACAACUAUUGCUUUGCUCUGCUACUUUGUUUGGGUUAAGUCUUUCUCGAGUUCAGUGUCAUUUCACAGCUAGUUUUGUGACAAGUGAUGAAUAGAGGAGUGGUGCCGGCGGCUGAUAUGUUGCAGUGUACGGACAUGACGGUGCUGGAGAGGCAACGCGCUCGUGUGAAGUGGCAGCAGGAGCAUUUUCAAGUAGUACAACCGCCGCAGCAGCAGGAGAGUUUUUUUACUGAGUUGAAUGGGGUGUUUUCUGUGCCGAGUCAGGUGAGUUUUGAAGGUGGAUUGUUGGGUGGUGGUGACUCGGUUUUGGGACCAAUUAAACCAGACACGGCAUUGGAAAAUGGGCGGCCGCAGUUGGGAAAGGAUAUGGUUCUUGGUUAUGGUUUUGGUCCUUGUGGGCCGGCUUUUGAUUCCAGUUAUGCCAUUUCAAGGACUACUACUAGCUGCCCGCCGGCGGUGGCCGCCGAAGCUAAGGUUAAGGAGUCAAGUGUUCUGAAUGAUAACAUCAGUGCAGCAGUUGGAAGAGAAAGCUUCAAGAAGAGGAAAGCCGAUAGAGUCCAAAACACCAAGGUCGGAGCAGAAAAUGAGGCCAAAGACAAAAGGAUGAAAGGAUGUGCAGAAGAGGGAGAUUCAAAGAUCACAGGGCAAAACAACAACAACAGAAGUAGCGGUAAUAACAACAGAGAAGCAUCUGGUGAUACUUCUAAAGAGAAUUCAAAAGUUUCUGAGGUUCAAAAGCCUGAUUACAUUCAUGUCCGGGCACGCCGUGGUCAAGCCACCGAUAGUCACAGCUUAGCUGAAAGAGUUAGAAGGGAAAAAAUCAGUGAGAGAAUGAAGUAUUUGCAAAAUUUAGUACCGGGCUGCAACAAAAUCACAGGAAAAGCUGGAAUGCUUGAUGAAAUCAUUAACUAUGUUCAAUCUCUUCAACGACAAGUAGAGUUUCUAUCAAUGAAACUAGCUGCUGUCAAUCCCAUGCUGGACUGCAACAUUGACAACAUCUUUGCCAAAGAGGUGUUCCCUGCUUGUCCACCCCAUUUUCCACCAAUUGGAAUGUCAUCAGAAAUGAAUAAUCCUGCUUAUCUUCAGUUUAAUCCUGUACAACAGCAAGUAGUUUCAAGUUCUGGAUUGGAAAUGGGAAUAAAUCCUUCAGAUAUGGUGCUACGGAGAACCAUCAGCGCUCCUGUAUCGAUCCCGCAAACAUUUCUUGAUUCAUCUUGCUUCACUCUACAGCCCUCUUCAAUCUGGGAUGCUGAUUCACAAAAUUUUUACACUUUGGCCUUUGAUCAAGGAAGAUCAUCAACAACAACCUUCCCAUCUCAACCAUUUACAGGUUCCAUUGAAGCUAGCAAUCUAAAGAUGGAGAUGUGAAUCAGAGAAAGAGUCCUGAUAAAAUUCCCUUGAUGAGAUCUAUUGUUUUCUGAUGCCAUUGAUCCAGAUUCUUUUUUUAUUGGCUAAUUACAUAGAGUACAUAAAUAUUUGUAUGUAUACUUGAGACAUGGUAUUGAAUAAGACUAAUACCUAUUAACUUUAA